CACACCCCUUCCUGGUUGCCCUGGCAUUGUGAGGUAUAAAAAGGAUGCAUUUCCUGGGGAGAGAACCCAUAGGGGAUUUUUGUCACCACCUGAACAUGAGUCCUGCCCCACUGCUGGCCUUCUUGGGCGUCACUUUCUUGCUGCCCGAUGUGCAGACACUGUACUGUCAGUGGGGUACUGUAGAGGUUGUGAAAAAUGUAUCAGAGCUGCCCUAUGAGUGGACGAAUUCCCAGACAACCUGUGAGACUGGUGAAGGUUGCCGAGAAACAGCGAUACUCAUAAAAAAUGGACCCCAAGUGACCCUUUUACUCUCCAAGGGCUGCACUAUGGAAAAAGACCAAGAGGCCACAGUCACUGAGCACAGGGCAGGCCCUGGGCUUUCCAUCAUCUCUUACACCCGGGUGUGCCGCCAUGGAUUCUUCUGCAAUGACCUGUCUACCACAGACCGUCUCAGCGGCCUACCCACUGCCACAGUCCCAGGGACGCUGCGGUGCCCAGUCUGCUUUUCGAAAGGUGACUGUCCAGAAAACCCACCACAGCAGAUCUGUCCAAAAGGACACACUCACUGCUACAAUGGAGUCCUCGAGGUCAGGGGAGGGGGCAUUGCCACCAAUCUGAGAGUACAGGGCUGUAUGCCCCAGCCAGGCUGCAACCUGCUCAAUGGGACCCAGGUCAUCGGACCCAUACAUUUGAGUGAGAACUGCGGUCCUAAGUCAGGAAACCUGGUCUGCAAGAAGGGAACAUUAGAAACGCUACGGGAUGUGUCGACUUUUCCAGUAGAAUGGACAACUCCUUGGCAGUCCUGUGAGAUCGGCGAAGGGUGUCAAGAAACGGUGGUUCUCAUAGUGAAUGGAGACCAAGUGAACCUGGUGCUUAGCAAGGGCUGCACUGAGGCAAAGGACCAAGAGCCCAGAGUCACAUGGCACAGGGCAGGCCCUGGGCUGACUGUGGUCUCCUACACUCGAGUGUGCCGCCACGGGGACUUCUGCAAUGAUGUGUCUAACACAAGGACUUUCUGGACUCCACCUGCCUCUCCAGAUGCCAGAGGGUCCUUAAGGUGUGCACACUGCUUGUCUAAAGAUGACUGUCCAGAAAAUUCAUCACAGCAGACAUGCCCAGCAGGGCACACUCACUGCUACAAAGGAGUGCUCAAGCUCAGGGGAGGGGGCAUUUUCAGCAAUCUGAGAGUACAGGGCUGUAUGCCCCAGCCAGGCUGCAACCUGCUCAAUGGGACCCAGGUCAUCGGGCCCAUACAUGUGAGUGAGGACUGCGGUCCUAAGUCAGCAAACCUGGACUGCAAGAAGGGAGCAGCAGAAGCCAUCAGGGAUGUGUCGACUUUUCCACUAGAAUGGACAACUUCUUGGCAGUCCUGUGAGAUCGGCGAAGGGUGCCAAGAAACGGUGGUUCUCAUAGUGAAUGGAGACCAAGUGAACCUGGUGCUUAGCAAGGGCUGCACUGAGGCAAAGGACCAAGAGCCCAGAGUCACAUGGCACAGGGCAGGCCCUGGGCUGACUGUGGUCUCCUACACUCGAGUGUGCCGCCACGGGGACUUCUGCAAUGAUGUGUCUAACACAAGGACUUUCUGGACUCCACCUGCCUCUCCAGAUGCCAGAGUUCCAGGGACCCUGCUGUGCCCACACUGCUUGUCUAGCAAUGACUGUCCAGAAAAUCCACCACAGCAGAUCUGCCCAGCAGGAUAUUCACAUUGCUACAAUGGAAUGGUCAGGCUCAGAGGAGGGGGCAUUUUCAGCAAUCUGAGAGUACAGGGCUGUAUGCCCCAGCCAGGCUGCAACCUGCUCAAUGGGACCCAGGUCAUCGGGCCCAUGGAUGUGAGUGAGAACUGCGGUCCUAAAUCAGAUACUGUGGUCUGUCAUCGCGGAGUCAUGCUGCAGAUGGGGAGGAGAUUGCAUCAAGAACCAGUGGAAUGGGAGGCAAGCGGACAACAGGACUGUAGUCCUGGAGAGGUGUGUCAGGAGACGUUGCUGCUCAUUGAGCCAGCCCCAGGACAGCAAUCACUCCUUGUGGGAAGCAAAGGCUGCAGCAGUCCUGAGAGACAGGACGGUCCAGCUGUCUCUAUUCACUCAAACUUCCCUGGCAUCCUGGUCGCCUCCUAUGUCCGGUUCUGCUCCUCCAACAUGUGCAACAGCGCCAGCAGCAGCAGCGUCCUGCUGGGCUCUAUCCUCAGGCCAGUUCCCCCUCCCCCAGGUCACCUCCAGUGUCCUGUCUGUGUACAGUUCAGUGGAGCCUGCUCAGAUGAUUCCAACAUCAUCACCUGCCCUAGCGGUACAACUCACUGUUAUAAAGGAAGCAUUGAUACCCGUGGAGGUGGGCUCUCAGCCACAUUCAGCAUUCAAGGCUGCAUGCCUGAGAGUUCUAGAUCCUUGUUGAACAAAGCCCGGAAGAUUGGAAUCUUCUCUGUGCAUGAGAGUUAUGAGGAGGAAAAUUCUAAGGAGAAGAAUAAGAAGACAAAAGUGCCCCGUAAACACAGCGGUGCCUCUGCUCCCUACCUGGCUUGGGUAGUGGGCCUUGGGCCAUUUGUAGCUCUUUGGUGUGGGGGUUUUCUCCUCCCUGUGAAAUCCAUUUUUCCAUGAUCCUUAGUCCCUGAUAAACACCUAAACUCUGUAACCUUA